AAAACAGGGGAACCACUGUAAGUGCUGCCCUCCUCUCAGGGCAGCCUGGAAGCUUGAGAUUCAGCCCCUGGGGUCAUAAAAAGCAGCCGUUUACAGAAGAAUGUGAGGCCUGGGCGUGGGGAACAGGCCCCAGCAGGGUGUGGCUGUCAGAUUUGCUGCUGGGCUGGAAGACUCCCUGCCUCGAAGGGGGCCGGCUUCAAGCUGUCAUACGCAAAACAGCCUCUUCCUUGUUCUCCCUGCAACGGCACACGCAGGCCAGAGAAAACUGAACCAGGAAACGACAAGAAGUCCGGUAACGUCUCGAUCCUCCCGGACAACAUGGCCAGCCUCACCCAAGAGCUGGGCACAGCUUUCUUCCAGAAGCACCAGCUGCCAGCCUCCAUGGCCGACACCUUUUUGGAGCACCUCUGCCUACUGGACAUCGACUCAGAGCCCAUUGCUGCCCGCAGCACUGGCAUCGUCUGCACUAUCGGUCCUGCUUCCCGUUCGGUGGAAAUGCUACGAGAGAUGAUCAAGGCCGGGAUGAAUAUUGCACGGCUGAACUUUUCUCAUGGCUCACAUGAGUACCAUGCAGGUUCCAUUGCGAAUAUUCGGAAAGCAACAGAGAGCUUUGCCUCCAACCCUCUCUUCUACCGACCGGUGUCCAUUGCACUGGAUAGCAAAGGGCCAGAGAUCCGUCCUGGUGUGGUCAAAGGGGGUGUGGACCAAGAGGUGGAGCUGGUAAGAGGAACCCGGUUGAUUGUCACGACAGACCCGGCAUUUCAGGAGCGUUGUGACCAGCACACUGUCUGGAUGGAUUAUGCCAACUUGCCCAAAGUGAUCAAGGUCGGCGGACGACUCUUCAUUGAUGACGGACUAAUCUCUUUGCUGGUCAAGGAAAUCCGCACCAAUGGCUGUAUAGUGGAAGUGGAGAAUGGUGGAAUGUUGUCCAGCCGCAAGGGGGUGAAUCUGCCAGGGGCCGAGGUGGACCUGCCAGCGGUGUCCAAGCGGGACAUCCAGGAUCUGCAGUUUGGCCUGGAGCAUGGCGUUGACAUCAUUUUUGCCUCCUUCAUCCGCAAGGCCAGCGACGUGGCUGCCAUCCGGCAGGUGCUGGGGGAGCGCGGCCGUGCCAUCAAGAUCAUCAGCAAGAUCGAAAACCACGAGGGGGUUAAAAAGUUUGAUGAGAUCCUGGAGGCCAGCGAUGGCAUCAUGGUGGCCCGUGGUGACCUGGGCAUUGAGAUCCCCGCUGAGAAGGUUUUUCUGGCUCAAAAGAUGAUGAUUGGAUGUUGUAACCGCGCUGGGAAGCCUGUCAUUUGUGCCACUCAGAUGCUGGAGAGCAUGAUCAAGAAGCCCCGCCCCACCAGGGCAGAAAGCAGCGAUGUGGCCAAUGCGGUGCUUGAUGGGGCUGACUGCAUCAUGCUGUCCGGGGAAACUGCCAAGGGAUCCUAUCCUGUGGAAGCAGUGCGGAUGCAACAUGCGAUUGCGCGAGAGGCCGAAGCCGCCAUGUAUCAUCACCAGCUCUUCCAAGAGCUGCGCCGCCUGACCCCACUGAGUCAGGACCCCACCGAGGUGACAGCGAUCGGCGCCGUGGAGGCCUCCUUCAAGUGCUGCGCAGCCGCCAUUAUCGUCCUCACAACAUCUGGCAGGUCUGCGCAACUGCUCUCCCGCUACCGUCCCCGUGCCCUCAUCAUUGCCGUGACCCGCAACGAACAGGUGGCCCGCCAGGCACACCUCAGCCGUGGCGUCUUCCCAGUCCUGUGGCGUGGCGCCACCCAGGAGGUGUGGGCAGAUGAUGUUGAUCGCCGGGUGCAGUUUGGCAUGGAGAUAGGCCGGGUGCGUGGGUUCCUGCGGUCCGAGGAUGUGGUCAUCGUGGUGACGGGCUGGCGGCCUGGAGCAGGGUAUACCAACAUCAUGAGGGUCCAGCAGGUCCCGUGACAGAGCAGCAAGGAGCACCCUGAAGAGUCCCCAUAAAAAGGGAGGCAGCUGCGUCCUGCAACAUUUCAAACACGGACAUGCUCCUAACAUCCCUGCACUCAUCCGAAGGCUUACGGUUCAUCGCCUGUCUUCAUUACAUCUUGCUGAUGUCUGUUCUCCGCUUGCCGUGUGUAUCAGCCCUGUCCCCCUCCGAUUUAAAAGCCAAAGUGAGUGUUUAAUCCUCAGUUAAAGAUAAGUUUGGGGAAAACGUCA